AGAUGCAACAAAAUUCCUUGUUGUGCAGUGGCUGUGAGGUGCAAGACGACAAAACACACAUACACAUACGUAAAAUAGCAGUUUGAAUUAUGACUUCGCAAGAGAAGACAGAAGAGUGUCCUUUCGCUGAUGUAUUUAAUGAAGAUGAGACUGAAAGGAAGUUUUUAUUGUCCAAACCUGUUUGCUUUAUCAUUUUUGGAAAACCAGGAGUUGGGAAGACGGCAUUAGCCCAGCAGAUAGCACAAACAUGGAAAUGUGUUCGUAUUGAAGCCUUAUCAAUUUUGGAAGAACACAUUGCUGCUGAAAAUGAGACAGGAAACAUGCUACAGUCGAUGCUGCUCAGUGGUCAAAGCAUUCCAGAUGAACUUGUCCUCAAGCUAAUCCUGGAAAAGAUCAACUCUGCAGAAGUCUCCCACUUUGGUUAUAUUAUCACUGAAAUCCCAACACUUUCACAGGAUGCCAUGACUACUUUGCAGCAAAUAGAAUUAAUCAAAAACUUAAGGUUUAAGCCUGAUGUUAUAAUCAAUAUUAAGUGCCCUGACUAUGAUUUAUGCCAAAGAAUAUCUGGGCAAAGACAGCACAGUGGUACAGGGUAUGUAUACACUAGAGACCACUGGGAUCCUGCGGUUAUCGAGAAUCGCAGGAAAAAGAAAAAGGAAUUACACAAAGAAGGAAAAACAGAAGAUGAGGGCGAAGAGGAAGAGGAGCAAGAAGAAGAAGAGGCCUUUAUUGCUGAAAUGCAGAUGGUGGCUGAAAUUGUUCAACACCUAGUGCAGAGACCAGAGGAUUAUUUGGAAAAUAUUGAGAACACUGUUAAACUCUACAAGGAAAUGAUUCUUCAGCCUUUGGAAGAAGUCAUGGCUGAGCACAACCCACAGUAUCUCAUUGAGCUUGAAGGAAACAAGCCCACCGAGGAGCUCUUCAUGACCGUCUUGGAACGGCUUAAACAUCUCAACCUAACAAGAGCAGCCAUUAUCACCAAGCUUCAGAGUGCAGAGGAAGAAGCUGACACAAUAGAAAACGAGGAGCUGCUCCGCAUCCUUGCCUCCUAUAAAAUGCUGGCACCAAGAUACAGAUGGCAGAGGAGCAGGUGGGGCCGGGCAUGUCCCGUCGCUUUAAAGGAAGGAAACAUAUACCCAGGAUUACCAGAUUUUUCUGUGAGUUUUCUAGGUAAAAUAUACUGCCUUUCAUCAGAAGAAGCAUUGAAAGCAUUUUCGUUGAAUCCACGGCCCUAUCUUCUUCCACCCAUGCCUACACCACCGUGCAAAGUGCUUUUGUAUGGACCUCAGUAUUCCGGGAAGACCACACUUGGCAACUUGAUUGCAGAACAUUAUAAAGGAAAGGUAAUUGACUAUGACAAACUUGUCCAACCACGUUUUGAAAAAGCCCGAGAAUUAUUAAUAGAAAAUACUGUGACUGAAGCCACAGAAGCAGCCAUUAGAGGCGUAAAGGAAAGAUUUCAAGCUGAGCUACAAGCCAAAAUCCAAGCUGAGACAACUUUAAGAGAAUUUCAAAGACACUUUGGAAGAAAAGAGUUUGGAGAGUUUGAAGAGUUGCCUUCCACCUUUGGUGAAGAAGCAGCUACCACCCACGACAUUACUGAGUACACUGAAGAAGCCAAAACAAAGUCGGAAAAUAUCCUCUAUGGCCAAGAUGAAAGGGAAAUUGGUGAAGCAUCCACAUUUAAAAGUUCUCAAGACCCUGAUGGAGAUGAAAAAAAAGGCAAAGCCUCAAUAGAAGAUUCGAUAGAGGAGAUUACUGCGGAUCACCCAGCAGUUGUUGCCAUACUGGAAGACACUCUGAAAGCGGCCAAGGAUAUGAACUUUGACCAGCCAUUCGAAAAACAUGCUGAAAUCUUAGAGGAAGUCCUCAGAGAAGUAAUGAAGGAAAAUCAGAACAGAUUUGUUGGUGCCCCAAAGCAGGGAGGAUGGAUCCUGGACAAUUGCCCUGUGGCCAAAGAUCUCUGGAUGGUCUUAAUAGACAAAGGACUGAUACCUGAUUUGGUUAUCUAUCUAUCAGAUUUCGAAAGCAAUGGAAAACUUUUACUUAAUAGAAUAUAUUUGAAGAAUAAGGCUGAAAUUGAUGCUAAGAUUUUAGAAAGAUUAGUAGAAGACUUACGAAAGAAAAAAAGAGAAGAAGAAGAGGCAAGAAAAGCCAAGGAAGAAGCACAGAGAAUAGAGGAAGAAAAUAGAAGACUGAUUAAUGCCAUGAACCAGAAAGCAAAAGAAAUUGAUGAGGCUGAGAAUGAGGAGGAAGACGAGGCUGAGAGUGAAGAGUUGGAAGCCCCGGAAGAGUCAGAGGGCCCUGAGGGCUCCAAGGAGAUCCGAGGGUCCUUACCGGAAGGACCUGAGAGACCUGAUGCCCCAGAAGUGGAACCUGAAUCAGUCUCUGAGCCUGCUGAAGAUGCUGCAGAUGGAAAGCAAAUUCCCAAAAGAUCCAAAGGAGGUGUGGAAGCUGAAGACCUGGCUGAAACAGUGGUACUACCAGACUUCCCAGAAGGCUCUUACCCUGAUGUUCCCGAAAUGGAGCUAUUUAAAGACAAACUGAAUUCCUAUACCUUCUCAUGGAAACAGCUGGAAGCAUUACUCCAUGAAUCUUUUAUUCAAAUUUUGUACUUAGACAUCACCAACAAGACUCCGAAGGAACUGCUUCAAAAAGUAGUUGAGACGAUGGAAAAACCUUUUCAAUACACUGGCUGGGAAUUAACUGUGGAUGACUACGACGAAGAAGCAGAUGACUAUCAGGCAGAAACCGAAGCUGAAGAGGAACUGGAGGAAGAGGAGGAAGAAGAGGAGGAGAAUGAAGACAGAAUCAAAGAGAAAAGGAGGCAUUUGGGAGAUACAAAGCACUUCUGUCCUGUGGUCCUCAAAGAAAACUUCGUCCUGCAGCCAGGCAACACAGAAGAAGCAGUGAGAUAUCGAGAGAAGAUCUACUAUUUCUCAAGUGUGGAGGCAAAAGACAAGUUCCUGGAGCAUCCCAAUGACUACGUGGCUCAUGAAGAACCGUUAAAGGCCCCUCCAUUGAGAAUCUGCCUCCUGGGUCCCCGGGGCGCUGGCAAAACUGUGUGUGGAAGACAGGCAGCUGAGAAAUUCGGCCUUUUCCACAUUCAGUUUGACGAGGUUCUGCAAGAGAAACUGCUGCUCAAAAUAGAAAAACGAGUGGGGCCCGAACUUGAGGAAGACUCUGAGGAGGAGCAAGCAGCCAAGCAAGAGCUCGAAGAGCUUGCAAUGCAGGCCAACAUGACAGUCGAGGAAGAAAAAGCAAAGAAGCAGCCAGUAGACAUACAGCUUACAGAAGAAGAAGAAGCCAUCAAGACAAGUCUGAUGGAGAGCGAGCCAUUGCCUCCUGAGAUUCUUGAAGCACUUCUUUCUGAAUGGUGGUUUAAGGAACCCAUCCGUUCCACAGGUUUCAUCCUGGAUGGUUUCCCACGCUAUCCGGAAGAGGCCCUGUUCUUGGGGGAACAUGGAUUUUUCCCAGACGCUGCAAUUUUCAUCCAGGUCGACGAGCAAGAUGUCUCCGAUCGCCUUCUCCCUUCCCAGAUCAAGAAGUGGAAGCUGAAACAGCAGAAGAAAUUUGAAAGGAAGAAACUCAUCAAAGACAUGAAGGCAAAAAUCAGGACAGAUAUGAUCGCUAAAAGACGGGCUGAACUUGUGUCAGACAGAGACAGAAGGCGAAGAGGUGAGAUGGCUCAGAGAGAAGAUGAGGAGGUUAGUGAGGAAGACCUGGAAGAAGAGGAAGACGACAUUGACAACAUCCUGGAAGAGGAGUUUCCGAGGGACGAGGAAGAGAUGAGUGAGGAAGAUGAGGAGCAAGAAUCCGAAGCCGUGGAGCAUCUCAAGAGUGAACUGGGAGAAAAAUUUGAAACGGAUAUAAAUAAUUUACAAAUAAUACAGGAGGAAUUUGAGAAGUUUUUGAUCCCCGUCAUUCUCAUCAAUGGGUCUCGGAAAAUGCACAUUGUCCAGUAUAUGCUGAACAUGAAGCUAAAGCCGCUGGUGGAAACCCGCGAGAGUAUCUUUGAGAAAUGCUACCCCAUCCCACUGCAGCUUGCACAGAAGAUGCUCAUGCACACCUACAAGUACAUGAGCUCCUUUGGUUACUGGGACCCAGUAAAGCUAAACGAAGGAGACACGAUCAAGGCAGCCGACAACGCAGAGAUGCCGAUUUACCCUAUCAUCCAUCGGCAGUACAUCUAUUUUUUAUCUAGUAAGGAAACUAAAGAGAAAUUCAUGAAAAACCCAAUCAAAUACAUCCGCCAACCCAAAGCCAAGCCCACGGUGCCAAUUCGGAUUUUCAUCGUGGGGCCUCCAAAAUCCGGGAAAACCACAGUGGCCAACAAACUGGCAAGCGAAUAUGGCUUGAAACGUUUGUCCGUAGGAGACGCGCUGAGGACUGUGCUAAACCACUACCAAGAAACAGAACUAGCACUUAUGUUGAACUGGCGUCUUCACAAAGGAAUGACGGCGCCAGAUGAACUGACCAUCCAAGCGCUGGAACUGGCUCUGAUGGAAAGCACCUGCAACACUGCAGGUGUUGUCAUCGAUGGAUACCCUGUGACUACGUAUCAGAUGACUCUCUUGGAAGCCAGGUCAAUCAUUCCCAUGAUCAUCUUCGAGUUGGAUGUGCCUUCCAAGGAGAUUUUCAAAAGGUUGAUCCUGGCUAAGAAAAAUGAGCAGAGCUUCCCAUUGCCCUUGCACAAUAGCACACAAAUUACAGCUGUCAAAAAUGCAAAGUACCGCAAAAAUAUCGCUGGAAUUCGGCAGUAUUACCAAGAGCAGCAUCAGAACUGGUAUGUGAUCGACGGCUUUCACAGCAAAUGGUGGGUGUGGAAUGAAGUCAUGAAGAAUGUCCGGAUGGUGAACAAUUACAUGCAAACAUACCUGGAAAGAAUAAAAGAAGGAAAAGCCGCCUGUAUUGAUAAGUUAUGUAUCACACCUCAAGACCUGCUCUCCCGCCUCGGGGAGUUUGGGCAGUUCUGCCCCGUCAGCCUGGCUGAAGCCAAUGAACUGUAUGACUGCUCACUGAACGACUCCCUGGAACUUGUGGCAGAGUUCCGGGGCCACUAUUAUAAAAUGCAUUCUCAGGAAAAGCUACAGAAAUUCUUGACGAACCCCGAAUUGUACGUGCCUCCCUUAGCGCCGCAUCCCCUCCCAUCGGCGGACAUGAUCCCCAAAAGGCUGACCCUGCACGAGCUGAAGCGCCGGUUCCCCAAGUGUGCUGAGCUCCAGGGCUACUGUCCAGUGACCUACCAGGACGGAAAACAGAGAUAUGAAGCGCUGGUUCCUGGCAACAUCAACCAUGCAGUGGAAUACCGUGAUCGCAUCUAUAUUUUUGAGACUAAAGAAAAGCUUGAGAAAUUUCUGAGGUCACCACAGAGAUACUGGGACCAGAAGCUUCCACACAAGCUGCCCCCGCUGAAGCAACCCAUCUCGCUCACCAGCCUCCCUCUGCCAGGAUACCUGGAACAGGGCAUCGCAACGUCUCUAAUUAAAGCAAUGAAUGCAGCAGGGUGCUUAAAGCCCAAGUUCCCCUUCUUAAGUGUAAGGAGAUCCGCACUGCUCUACAUAGCAUUUCAUCUUAAAGCCUUUAACCCCAAAGGGUCUGAAUACACAAGAAAGAAAUACAAGAAGAAAAUGGAACAGUUUAUAGAAAGAUGUGAACUCAUCACAUACUUGGGUGCCAAGAUGACCAAAAAAUACAAGGAACCGCAGUUCAGAGCCGUCGACUUUGAUUACAAAUUGCAGACUUUCCUCUCACUCAGAAAUAUAGACCCUGUGAACGAAUAGUUGAUUACAACCCGGAUCCCA